AUGACUGACACAACGGUAACGACGUUUACAAUCACGACUUCGAAUGCGACGACGACCACUUCGGUUGUAACGUCUUCGUCGGUACAACCGAACACCUCCAUCGCUGCAGGAGUAAGUUCACAAGCGGCCACCGUAGCAUUGUCGUCAUCGACGUCAACUUGCACAGCUGCAGCCAUAGCUGAUGCUUUUGACAUAUUCGACCAUAGUGGCAAUAGGACCAUUGACGUACGCGAACUGGGAACAGUGCUCCGUUACUUAGGUUACGUACCGUCACAGGCCGAUCUGAGGGAACUUGCGGUUAACGUUGAAGAUCACGAAGCAACUGGUACCGUACAUUUGGCUGAAUUUUUACCGUAUGUUGAAAAUGCCAUUAGCGAAUACAAGUAUCAGCCGGCGUCGGCAUCCGAAUUACUUAGCGCGUUUCGUGCAUUGGAUCCUGAACGGACCGGCACCAUAAGCCGCGAGUGCAUGGAAUCGGCGCUUCGACAUGACGGAGAACCGUUCGAAGACGAAGAACUAGAGGAAAUGAUGUCCGCUGCUGCCGUAGAAACGGCCACCGGUGGCAUGGUCAUACCGUACGAACUCUACAUCAAUAAAAUCUUGGUGACAAAAUGGGAUACAGAACAGUAUGGUAGUACUGUAACUGUUACUACCGCUAACUCAAAAAUAUCGAACAGAAAAUAGUUUAUAAUAUUAAAAUUAAUAGUUAAUGCAAUCAUUUUUAAUCAAAAUUCAUACA